AGGGAGACCUACCAGCCACACGUCCCAGUGGCCGAGGGAAAUUGGAGCACAGUGACCGGAUUCACGCUGACUGCCUUCCCAACCCUCCUGGAGUUUCGAAUCCCCCUCUUUGUGGUUCUCUUGUUGACUUACAUUCUAACGGCCAUGGGGAACAUUAUCAUCAUCUCCCUAAUAUGGGCUGAUAAUCGCCUCCAAACCCCAAUGUACUUCUUCCUCAGUAAUUUGUCCUUUCUGGAUAUUUUAUACACCACUGUCAUUACCCCAAAGUUGUUAGCCUGCCUCCUAGGAGAGAAGAAAAACAUAUCCUUCACUGGCUGCAUGACUCAGACAUAUUUCUACUUCUUUCUGGGGACAGUGGAGUUUAUCCUGUUGGCGGUGAUGUCCUUUGACCGCUACAUGGCCAUUUGCAACCCCCUGCGCUAUACCAUCAUCAUGAACAGCAGGGUCUGCCUCCUGCUGGUCCUGGGCUGCUGGGUGGGGGCCUUCCUGUCCGUGUUGGUACCAACCAUAAUAGUGACAAGGCUCCCCUACUGCAGCAAAGAAAUUAAUCAUUUUUUCUGUGACAUUGCCCCUCUUCUACAGGUGGCCUGCAUAGAUACUCAGCUCAUUGAGAAGAUAAACUUUCUCCUGUCUGCCCUUGUCAUCCUGAGCUCCCUGGCAUUCACUACCGGGUCCUACGCCUACAUCAUUUCUACCAUCCUGCGCAUCCCCUCUGCCCAAGGACGUCAGAAAGCUUUUUCUACCUGCGCUUCCCACAUCACUGUCGUCUCCAUCGCCUACGGGAGCAACAUCUUUGUGUAUGUGAGACCCAAUCAGAACCAUUCACUGGACUUUGACAAGGUAGCCGCUGUCCUCAUUACUGUGGUGACCCCUCUUCUGAACCCUUUUAUUUAUAGCUUGAGGAAUGAAAAGGUGAAAGAAUUAUUGAGAGAGGCAAUGACCCGAAUCAUGUCCCUUUACUAAGGAGAACCAGGCAUUCGUGCUGAGUACAUCA